CUCUGUGACUCCAGUGAGCCAUUCUGUUGCUUCUUUUUUUUAUUCAAAUAUUCGGUCUCAGCAAAGAAAAAUGACUUAAUUAAUAAGCAAUGGCGUCUUCCUCCUCUACCCUCUUCUUCUAUGCAGCAGCUCCACUGCACAUCACACGCCCAACACCACCAGCUCGCCUUUGCCACAGUGCACUCAACUUCUCUGGUAAGUGCAUAUUGUAUAAUCAGACGUGCUUGUUUCAUACCGAAAAAUCAACCGGCAGAGUUCUAUGCAGCAAAGUGCAGUUUGAAGAUAAUGUUGUUGGGGAUAAUGAUGAUGAUGAAGCAUGUGAACUUGUGAAUGGAGCUGAGAUUGUCAUAGAAGACGGUGAAGAAAGUAUCCAUGCUUAUUUGCUCAAGGCCAUCAAGAACAAUAACGGCACUGGUUUGUUGCUUUUAUCUGAUGUUUUCGGGUUUGAGGAUUCUGCGACAAGGGAUUUUGCUUAUCGAGUAGCUUGCAGUGGUUAUAAUGUUCUUGUCCCGGAUAUGUUUCGAGGGAAUCCAAGGAAGAUCGACCAACCUAUGACAGAUUUUGAACAAUGGUUAGCAAAGCAACCACCGGAAAGAAUUGCAAGAGACAUCAAUAUGGCCGCAAAAUGGUUGGCUGAUGAGUUCACUGCAGCAGGAUUUUCAAAUAAGCUCGGCAUUAUCGGUUUCUGCUACGGAGGUGGAUGUCUGAUCAACACAUUGGCUCAAGAUAAGCAGGGAAUUUUUGGCACUGGUGUCUGCUUUUAUGGUACACGCAUCGACACAAGUGUAGCUAAGGACAUCAAAGUUCCCGUAUUGUUUGUAUGUGGGGAUGGCGAUCAUCUUUGUCCUGUCAGCCAACUAAGAGAGCUAGAGAAGAUUAUAAAAGGUUCGAAAAUGGUUAUAUACAAUGGUCGAGGGCAUGGGUUCGCUCACCGGCCAGGGUCUCUAGAAGAAGAUGAGGAUGCAGAAGAUGCAUUUGGUCUUAUGAGAUCUUGGCUGAAUGAUAGCCUGGUUUUGAGCAAGGACCUUGUUCACUAAAUUUGAUCGAAUUGUAGACAAAGAUGUACAAAGGUCUUGUUUGUUAGAAUUUCUUAUUUCUAGUUUGUGUGUGUUUCUGUUCAUGAUUUCUGGAUUAAUGCACCAAUAUUAUUACUGUCUAAGGAGUUGUAUUAUAUUGCAUAGAAGAAAUUUUUUUGUUA